CGUCCGCCAUGAAAAUUGGCUUUGUGACGUCAGUGAUAGGAAAGAUGGCGUCAAGUAAAAGUCAACUGAAUGGCAGGUCCUCGAGUUGCUUUAGAAAAUAUCGAAUUUUCGUCGUAUUCGUUGGAACUAUAUUGUGUGUACAAUUAUACCUAGCAUACACAUUUUUCGCCUUAGAAAAUGAGGAUCGAAGGACUGCUAGACUAUUUUCAGGAGAAGGAGCCACUUCUCAACCUGAAGAAAGUGAAGGUUUACCGAAGGGAUCCCGUCAGUUGAAACUACCGCCCGAUAAAACACAGAAUUUAAAUAAGUCUCAUCAAACAAUUCGUAAUCGUACAAUUAGAGUGAAACUCGAUAGGAACUCAUUGAAUUUUACACCUAUGUGUGAUGUAACCGGGAGGGAGGCUGUCAGUGCUAUAACACGUGCACAAAGCCAAACGUGUAAAGAACGCAUUGUCAAUGUGACGUGCCUUAGUCAACAGGGUUUACUGUACCCUAAAAAAAUACAGUCUUUCUGCCCACACUCCUUGGGUUUCAUAGAAGUACCAAGAAGCCUGGGAUGCUUUAAAGAUGAUAAGACUCAUAGAAUACUUUCUGGUUAUUAUGCUGUUUUUAAGGGGAACAAUUCUCCAGUACAUUGUGCUUAUUUGUGUUUGCAAUCUGGAUAUCCGUAUGCUGGUAUUGAGUAUUCCGUUGAGUGUUUCUGUGGAAUGGAAGAACCCUCGCGUGUAAAACGUUUACCAGAUUCUAGCUGUAAUAUGAAGUGUCCUGGGAAUCCAAAAGAAACGUGUGGUGGUUAUUUAACUAUUAAUAUUUUCCAUACUGGCAUUCAGAAAUUUAAAGCCCAAGAAGCAAGAAACUCAAGUUCAAGAACUGGAAAAGAGAAACCAGCACGUAUAGCAUAUUUGUUGACUGUAAAUGGUAGAGCUAGUCGUCAAGUAAAACGGCUAAUCAGUAUUCUUUAUCAACCAUGGCAUCUUUUUUACAUACAUGUCGAUGCGAGGCAAGAUUAUUUGUACCGGGAGAUGUUGGAGAUGGAAAAAAAUUGCAAAGUAAAGAACAUAUGGGUAGCAAAAGGGGAGGGUUUACGCCAUGCAAGUAUUUGGGGCGGAGCAAGUCUUCUAACGACUCUUUUGAGUUUAGCACGUGAAAUGCUUGUCCAUGUACAUCAGUGGGAUUUUCUUGUAAAUCUGUCAGAAUCAGAUUUCCCUGUAAAAAGCGAUGCACGUCUUACUGAAUUUUUAGGUUGGAAUAGAGGUAUGAAUUUCGUGAAGUCGCACGGUCGAGAAGUUCAGCGUUUUAUCACCAAGCAAGGCUUAGAUAAAACAUUCGUAGAGUGCUCUGCACGUAUGUGGCGAGUUGGUGAUCGGAAACUUCCUAAUGGAAUCCAGAUAGAUGGUGGCAGCGAUUGGGUAGCAUUGAGUCGUGAAUUUGUGGAGUACGUUACGGAUCCCAAUCCAGAUCCUCUGGUGUCUAAAUUGCUAAUAUUAUUUCAAUACACCUUAUUACCAGCAGAAUCGUUUUUCCACACGGUCUUGCGCAAUUCACGAUUUUGCGACACCUAUGUUGACAAUAACUUACACGUGACUAAUUGGAAGAGGAAAUUAGGAUGCAAGUGCCAGUAUAAGGCAGUGGUCGAUUGGUGCGGAUGCAGUCCGAAUGACUUCAAAUUGGAAGAUUUUGGUCGUUUGAGAAAUACUGCUGAUCGAAAUUUGUUCUUUGCUAGAAAGUUCGAACCCAUAAUUGACCAAAGGAUCAUCGACAGAGUAGACGAGUGGUUAUAUCCUGAGAGAGCUAACGAAACGAGGCACAUGAAGGGAUACGAUGCAUACUGGCAGAGUUUGUAUCAUCAUGCAGAUUUAAGCCCACCAGCUGAUGAUGCAUUACUGACAGUUGCUCAUUCAUUGGCGAGAUCAGUUUUUCGAAAGUUCAAAGCAGACAUCGAUGAGGUUAAACUGCUAGAGACUACAGCGUAUUUUCGUGAGAACAACUUCGUCGGUAUUCUUGUUCGUGCCGAGGCCAGUACUAAGGCAUUCGAAUCGUCUACUUUCCAGAGUGAUUUCCCAGAACACAUUGAAUCUCUCAUUUAUUUAAAGCGUAACUUUUCCACUAGUAGAUCCUGGUUGGGAAGGAUACAAAGUCUUGUAGUCAAUACGAACUAUGAUCAAAAGGAGCAAACGUUCAGGAACUUGAUAGGAAGCAUAGGGCCUAUGUCUAGUCCUGUUUUGGCCUAUCAAUUCGAUGCAGGACUUGCAACACCAAGGAAUUUGACAGUUUUGUGGGUUGAUCCGAGAGGACGAUUGGCAAACGUUAACCAUUUACAAUUAGAUGAAUUACCAUUGUCAGGAUAUGCGAAGCCACAACUCGAAGAACCACUGGUGGUAGGCAAAUGGCGAUUGCUGUUGGUAGCUGAUUCAAUAUUUGUGGCUAAAUUAAAUUUUCUCGUAACGCCUUUGUCUUAUUGGUCCAAUCGGAAAAUAAAUGAUCAAAAAGCCAGAGCAAUACACAACGGUCCAGAAACUUCAUAUCAUGCUGUUGAGGACAAUGAUAAAUGGAUGAAAUUAUUAAAAUCCGUAUUAUUUUCUGAAGUCAACGCAGGAGCCUCAGACAUUGAGGAGAGAACCGGACCAGAACUCGAUUGGUGGAUAGACUUAUUAGUUUCCGACUAUUAUGAAAUCGACAAAGUUUGCUAUGCUACGAACUCAUCUAAGUCCAAGGCGAAACUACAAAAGUGUUCCAAUACGGACUGGAGCUCUCUGAGUCCUGACCCAAAGUCUGAUACACAAAACCUGUGUCAAAAAUAAUAUUUAAUUUACCAAAAACGUGCCAUUCCCUACACAAACAUAUGCGACCUGGUCGCUUCCCUGUAAAUAAUUAUCAAUUUUCUUAGAUAUUUUUAUAACGAUUAUGCCUGUAUAUACCGUAUUAUACCUGUAUUUAUAAAAGUAUACACAAUGAUUGACCUACGUCGAA